CUCGCGACGGCAUGGUGGUUGCCGAGUGUGGCUGAAUUCGAACCUCGCGUCGAAAGGUUCAAGCUAAUUGCAGGCCGCACAUACCAUCCAGAUGAGAAGCGGUGGUCCUUCCCAUUGUCUAGCCAUGAACAGGUGGUGGAGUCCCUGAAGGAGCUGAGACCAGCUGUGGCCUUGGCACCGCUGCCAGCCCAUGUGCUGCGUUGUCUGCGCCAGCCGCCGCCCUCAGCCGACAACAUUGACCUGUCCGGCCUGGACCCGGCCCUGCUGGAGGCCCUGAUGCCCUUCCAGCAGGAUGGCAUUCGGAUGGGUGUGGCUCGCGGCGGCCGCGUGCUCCUCGCCGACGACAUGGGACUCGGCAAGACCAUCCAGGCCAUCGGCAUCAUGCGCUACUUCCACGACUGGCCGCUGCUGGUGGUCUGUCCGUCUUCGAUGCGUUAUCAGUGGCGCCAGGAGCUGCACCGCUUCCUACCCUCCCAGCACCCCUCCACCAUCGUCGUCAUGGACACGGCCAAGGACUUCGAUGCCGAUGCGCGCAUCCUCAUUGUCAGCUACGACUUGGUCACCCGCUGCGCCGGCCGACUGCGGGACGUCGGCUUCCUCUCAGUUAUCAUGGACGAGUCGCACUGUUUGAAGAACCACAAGGCGGCGCGCACGCGGGCGGCGCUGCCUUUGAUGCGCGCGGCGCGUCGCUGCCUGCUGCUCAGCGGCACGCCAGCGCUCUCCCGGCCCAUCGAGCUCUUCACCCAGAUCUGCGCCGUCGACCGCGGCUUCUCGCCGUCCUUCCAGGACUUCGGCAUGCGCUACUGCGCCGGCACGCGCACCGCUUGGGGCUGGGACUUUUCAGGCGCGUCGCACAUGACCGAGCUGCACGCGCUGCUCGAGCGGCGCGUCAUGAUUCGCCGGCUGAAGCGUGACGUUAUCAGGCAGCUGCCGGCCAAACGGCGACAGAUGGUGUUGCUGGACCCGAGCCAGGUGCGCGCGCGCACGGCCGUCAUGACGCAACUGGAGCAGCGCAUGGGCCAGCGCUCGCUGAAGAGCAUGGAGCGGCGCGGCACGCUGCUGCAGUACUUCCGCGAGACGGCCGGUGCCAAGCUGCCCGCCGUCUGCAGCUACCUGGACGACCUGCUGGAAGCGGGCAACAAGUUCAUCUGCUUCGCGCACCACCAGAUGGUGAUGGACGGCGUGUGCGAGCUGCUGACGCGCCGCAAGCACGGCUUCAUCCGCAUCGACGGCGCCACGUCAGCAGCGCAGCGCAAGCGCGAGUGCGACCGCUUCCAGAGCGGCGACGGCGUGCUGGUGGCGGUGCUGUCGAUCACGGCGGCCAACGCUGGCCUGACGCUGACCGCCGCCAACCUGGUGGUGUUCGCCGAGCUCUUCUGGAACCCGGGCGUGCUCACGCAGGCCGAGGACCGCGCGCACCGCAUCGGCCAGCAGGACUGCGUGCAGGUGCGGUAUCUGGUGGCACGGGGGACGGCCGACGACCACAUCUGGCCGCUGGUGCAGAGCAAGCUGGACGUGCUCAACAAGGCCGGCCUCACCAAGGACGACUUCACAGACGCCAGUCAGGGUCGACAGGAGCAGCGCGGUGGCCAGACGGCCAUCACAGACUUCUUUGACGAGUUCGAGGACCUGCCGCCGGAGGCGCUGCUCGAGGAGCCCGUUGAGGGGACGGGGGACACUAACGAACCAGGGGAGGAGAGUGCUGAAGGUGUGACAGAGCUCAACACAGGUACGGAAGAACUCGCCGAAAACGUAGAGUGGCCGGAAAGUGCGGAGGAGUGGGACGGUGAUUGGAUGGAGUCCACCAGCGGCGCGGAUUCCGACGAUGAUUGGGUGGGACCGGCCAAGGGAAGAAAAAAUCCCACUAGUAGUGAUGGGCGCGGCUGCCCGCCGCCGAAGAGGCCACGGAAAGGGCGAGUUUGACCCUCAAACCUUGAAGUGCUUCUGAAUGCAUGUUUUGUCUUUUCAAUUUAUUCGCGCGAGGUGACGCAGGAGGCUGUGAUAAACUAAGCGGUGUCUCGGGCCUAGACAAGCUGCGAAGCAGGUGUGGAACAGGACGGUCACGCCAACAUGUGAUAUGCUUCAUUAUUUUGUCGCUGCUUUGUAAAAUACGUAACGGCACCGUUUUGCAAUUUUAGGCAAGGAUAUAUGGGUUGUCCAUAGAUUGCUUUACGCAUUUUCUGCCAUUUUUAACCCUCCCAUCCUCCGGCUGCGCUGAACGGGACCCUCCCCGCAGUUACGCUUGUCAGGCGUGACGUCCCCAACAAAGUGACUUCCGCCUGGCCCCUAAUGGAGCUACAGAUGCAAAAAAGCGUGCCCUCGUCAUGAAUGGAAACCGACAGCAUCCGGCUUUUACAUUUUUGUUUGUUUACAAAACUUCCCCUCUCUUCCCCGUUGCGGUUCGGUGACGCUCCAUCUGACUCCCCACCCUCCAUGUGUAACGGAAUUUGUGGACGCUAUCAUUUGCAUUGUUGCUCCGUGACUUAUGUCUCGAUGUCACAGCAAUGUUCUCGAAUGAUAUUGUCGAGAGCCUAAAUAAAAAUGACAGGGCUGUAGAUCGUGGUCGUGAAAUUGCUUCUCUGAUAAGAACCCGCAUAUCCGAUGAAGCAUGAGAAAAGGACUUGCGUAGCAGAACGCUGGAGCUUGAUAUGAUUUAUUAAAUACAUUGUCGCUGACAU